AUGGCUGCCGGGGCUCAGCGCCGAAAGCAAGCUGCAGCGGUUCUGGACGUUCCUCUCUCCUCAAAGCCAAGGCGGGCCAGGCAGCAUCGCUCUUGCCUAGCCGAGAACUGGCGGGAACUUCAAACCCCAGAGGCUGAACAAACAAGGCCGAGGUUCUGGAGUAGCAAUGAAAACAAAGAGCCUCACCACUCUGGUAGCUGGCUAAACUCGCAGCCUAUCAAUACAUAUAGGAUUAGGCAAAGGUUGAGAGACUUCUUCGUUCAACCUCCCAUCAAUCACUGGCUGACUGCUAAGGCACCAGAACAGAGACUUCAGUGCCCACACAACAAAGAACGGACUUUACCGAACAAUCACUUAAAACACAGAGAGCAGCUUUCCGCGUCUCCCGCGGCGAGCGGCCGGUCGCAGCGGCGUGGUCGCGGCUUCCCGGCCCACAGCUUCUUCGCCGGCCCCGCCGCCGCCGCGCUCGCUCCUGCCUCUGGGCCGUGGGAAGGUGGUGGCCGGAACCGCGCCGGCGCCGCCGGCGUCUGCGGGGCUCUCUGCAGCGGGUACUGCAUCUGCUUCGGCCGCAAGAGGCCGAGUGACCCCAACUUCGAGAACAGGCUUCGAGAACGAAGAAAGAAACAAAAGCUUGCCAAGGAGAGAGCCGGACUUUGCAAGUUACCUGACCUUAAAGAUGCCCAAGCUGUUCAGAGAUUCUUCCUUGAAGAAAUACAACUUGGGGAAGAGUUGCUAGCCCAAGGCGAAUAUGAGAAAGGUGUAGACCAUCUGACAAAUGCAGUUGCUGUGUGUGGACAGCCACAGCAGUUGCUGCAAGUGUUACAGCAGACUCUCCCACCACCAGUGUUCCAGAUGCUUCUGACCAAGCUUCCAACAAUUAGUCAGAGAAUUGUAAGUGCUCAGAGCUUGGCUGAAGAUGAUGUGGAAUGAGAACAUGUCAACAUAAUCUCAAUUAAAAAUAUUUUUAAAAUCUGAAGUUGGAAGCUGAGCAGCUCUGGGGGGAAAAGGGCAAAUAGGCUUGUUACGGACUGUCCUACACUGAAAUCUACCAAAGUUAAUUUUUACUUUGUGUAGAUCCAUUCGCCUGUUUUAUUUAUUUUUCCCAGUGAAAAGUGUAUUUUGAUACACUAUGCGGUCCAUUUUAUAAAUAUACUGAUUUACCAAAAUAUCAUGGAUUUUAUUCCUAAAACGUGCAAUUAAAGUGUACAUAUAACAUCACAUUACUUAGGUUAAAAAUACUCAGUGCUUAGUUUUGAAAGAUAGGCCGAAAAAGUAUAGGAGAAAGCUGAAGAAUGCACGUUCUUUUUAAGCUCGUACAUUUGCUCUACAUUAAAGAAUUGGAUGGAGUCUAUCAAAACUGAGCAUUAAAAUCUUUGAGAGAUUA